AUGGACGAGGCCGCCCGGCACCUAAAGGAGGGGAAGCUCGUGAAGGGUGCCGAUUUGGAGGUGAUCUUUACCGAUCCUGGUCCUGUCGGAUUGGCAUUCUUCCCGGAUGACGAUGCCCCGGCCCGUGUGCGAAAGGUGCGGCGGGAGCGGCGGGACUACUGGGAGCGGCAGCGCAUGCGCGAGGGGGCGGAGAUCCUGGCCGUGGGAAACACCCCGACGGCCCACAUGACAGCAACCGACAUCUUGCCACUGCUGAACGACAGGCCCUUGCGACUACAGUUCAAGAUCGGUCCGGUGCCAGUGGAAGACGACAUCAAUAGCGUGGACGGCCGGGGAAUGACAUCCUUGGCGAGGGCUUUGGAGGUGGGCGAUGAGGAGGUGGCGCUGGAGAUCAUGCAAGAUCCGAGCUUCACAGCCAUCAAUGUUCAGGACGCCACUGGGAAGACAGCGCUGCAUUGGGCGGCCCUGGGCGGGUUGGAGCGGGCCUGUGCCGAAAUCCUUAGCUUGCCGGAGUUCCAUCAAGUGGACGCCGAAGACAGGGCCGGCAAGACCGCCUAUGAAGAGGCCUGGGAGAUGGGUCAGAUGGAG